AUGAUGACAGCACAACAACAACAGAGGAUGAGCAGGCAGGAGGAGGCGGAGGCGGUGGAGGAGGCGGGGGCGGAGGAAUUGGACCCCGACCGAUCGUGGUGGGAGUGGAGUCGAGGCAAGCCUGUGGCGUUUCAGUGGCAUGCAGCCCGGCGAAGACAUGCCAUCAACAUCGCUCACCACGAGAUUGCACCCCUCAUGGGGGCGGACAGUCGCACGACGCUGCUGGCGAUGGGAUUGGCAGGCGCACAGCUGUGGCUGGCGUACCGCAGCAAGCGCUGGUCGUGGGCGGCGUUGAUUGGCGUAUCAGCAACUGGAGGCGCGCUCAUCGCUUACGACCUCCAGGCGCUGUGUCACGAAAUGGGCCAUCACUGCCCUGAAGCAGCACCACCCGGAUCGCUGGUUGGCGCGUGGUCGCGUGCGCGAUAUCUGUGGCAGCGAUUCUGGACAAGCAAGCCAGUGUCCCACGUGGUCGGUCUCUGUUGCUCCGCCCUGACGUGGGGCCCUUGGUACUCGUACUACUUUGGCCACGGGCACCACCAUCAUCACGCUGCGCUGGACAAUCCGGCUGGAGCUGUGCUGUGGGCGUCCAUUGCAUCGGUGUCCAUCCCCAUCGUGUACUUUGCGAGUCUGAUCACUUCCGUCAUCACCGCCCCUGGCGCAAACACGCUUGAGGUGUGUCUUGCCUCCGCGGAUUUCAGCCUAAAGGUCGCAAUCAACGCCUUCCUCAUGUCUGCGACCACAACUCUGACAGCAUCGAGUGUGCGUGCGGGGUUUGGGCUGCUGGGCACCGCAGCGAAACCGGGUGUGUACAUCGCGUUGUCGUCCGCGUUCUCAAUGGGACUGCUGUGUCAUCCGUGCAUCACCUUCUGGCUGCUUCAACACACGUGCCUCAACCCACCGCCGCCACGCGCAGCACCGCUGUGCCCUGAAGAGAUGGAGGACGUAGUGACAGGCGCACUCAACAACACGGCCGUGUUCCACUCCCCGGCACAGCCCACGGUGAGCUACUAUGGCUCGGCAAUCUGGAACUGGCUCACCCUCAACGAGCUGCUGCAUGUGGAGCACCACGACUUCAGCCGCGUGCCGUGGACGCAGCUGCAGACACUUACGCACAUCCUGCCCAGCAUGUACCGUGGUGGCGACAUGCUGGCCGUGCACUCGCUGUAUGGGGACGUCAUCUGGCCGUGGAUUUGCACGCGCGGGCGCAAACUGGUGGUGGGCGACGUGAACGGUCGCUUCACGCAGCUCUUCAAGAAGAUCCGCGUCAUCCUUGCCAAGAACGGCAACUUCGAUGCGCUGUUCUGCGUUGGCUCCUUCUUUGGCGAGGACGGCUCAGUGGAUGACCUGUGGAAGUCCCUUCAGGACCGAUCCGUGGCAGUCCCUUGCCCCACGUACAUCAUGGGCCCUGUCACGGAUGCCCAGAUCAAGUUCUACGACAAGGAUGAUGCGAUGCGGUCGUUCUACACGGACAAGGACGUGACGGCGCUCGUCAACACGUGCUCCGACCGCGACUUCAAGCCCGUCGACCUUCUGCUCACCGCGAGGUGGCCAGACACAGUGCUGUCGAACCAGGCAGGGCGGAUCUCCAGCACAGCGUGGAUCGUGCAGAAUCCAGGCGCCGCUGCCGUUGCCCGUGCUGCCGCGCCCCGCUACCACUUUGCUGCCGGCCAAGAGUUCUUUGAGCGCGCGCCAUACCGCAACCACCAGCAGGACCAAGCCCCGCGCCCAGCAACCCGCUUCCUCGGUCUCGCCCCUGUUGCCAACCCGGCAAAGAGCAAGUGGAUCUACGCGUUCUCCAUCACGCCUGCUGCCAAGGAGGCUGCAUCGAAGCUGCUCGCCAUCCCAGACAACGCCACCACCUCCCCAUACGAUCGAUCCCUGCCUCCUCCGCAGCAGCAGCGGCAGCAGCAGCACCCGGGGCGUGGCGGCCCACCACGACCGUUGUCAUCAUCAUCACAGCAACCACCACCAUCCUCAUUCCAGCCGCAGCAGCAGCAGCAGCAGCAGUCGUUCUUCUGGUCAUCAGAUGCUGCUGGUGGCGGUGGCCGCCGUCCCCGCGAUUCCAGCGCUGCGAAGAGGAGAGACCGCUCCUCGGGACCGCCAGCAAAGCGACCACCCGUGACGCCGGCCUCGUGUUGGUUUUGUCUCGGGAGCCCAAAGGUGGAGCGCCAUCUCGUUGUCAGCGUCGCCAAGCAGGCCAUGAAGACCACGCCGUACUUCUCUGUUCAGCUGCCGGACGGCGCCGUCUAUCUUGCCGUCAUCACAGGCGCGUUCCCGCUCCAGUUUGGCAGGGAGGUGCUGUGCUCCCCAGCGCUGCUCAAUACGCCCGAUCGCAUUGAGUGGAAGCGGUGUGUGCUCGGUAAAGACGAAGAGACAGAACAGGCGCGUGCGUAUCGCAAGCGGUUUGCAGAGUACGACCCCUUUGUUAAGCGCAAGGACUGAGGGUUGGGUUGAUUCGCAUGACGGCAGUAGUCAUUCAUUCAUCCAACGCAGCCAUCCAAGCAUUCAUCCAAAGCAGCCAAUGAAGUCACCCGCCGUUCAAGUCGAGCAUCUAAACCAAACCACCACCUCCUUCCCUCUGCUUCCUCGUUCUUCCUUUGUCUGCUCGCGUUCUGUUGAGCAAAGCAUCUCCCAUUCCAUUUCAUUCUUCAAUCAACAACAGAAUAGAGACAACGCAAUGGACA